AUGCCCAGCCCCUUGGCCACAACACCGGAGAUCCUCACUCUCCUCCAAAGCCUCCAUGCCAAAUCCCUGAAUCAGGAAAAAGCCGUGGACUGGAACACCCUACCGGCACAAUGUACCGACGAAUUCGACUCCAUCAUGCUAGACAAGUUCAUUGCCCUCGACCAGGACAAAUGCGAGCUCGUCUACCAUAUUCUCCGUAGCACGAAUGCUACCACGGUCGUCGAGGCCGGUACCAGUUUCGGCGUUAGCACAAUCUACCUUGCGCUCGCUGUCGCGGCGAACGCGAAGCGUGCUGGUUCCGGAGCCCCCAGGGUGAUCGCUACCGAGAAGGAGGCGUCCAAAGCGAAGCUUGCGAGAGAGCAUUGGGCCAGUGCUGGCAAGGAAGUCGAAGAUGUUAUUGAUCUCCGUGUUGGAGACUUGCGUGAGACUCUUACUGCAGACUUGGGGGUUGUGGACUUCCUGUUGCUGGAUACUCUCCCUGCGUUGAAACUCGUCCAGCCGAACCUAAGACCGGGAGCUGUGAUCAUCGCCGAUAACACGGUUAUGGCCGGGGACAAAUACCAAGAGCUCUUUGCAUAUGUGGACGCAGAAGGAAGUGGGUUCCGACGAGUCACGAUGCCAUACACGGGUGGAAUGGACAUGAUUGUGUAUGGAUAG